CCAACCUGUCGACGUUAUAAAGAACAGCUUCACGAGACACUCAGCGACAGUCUGGCGCGUCAUCCUUCUUCUCGGAACUGAUUCUUCGUCAGCACUAGGUAUAAUGUCAAGUGGCAUCUUUUGCUCCUAAAUCAUUUCCAAUGAUUGACCAAUAGUACGGCGCAGUGAAGCCGUGCGUGAGAGCCAAAGUUGGCGUCGUUUUAGUCUUGGUCCUAAUGAUACAGCUGACGAUUCUACCAUGAUCAUACGUGGCUAACUAAGCCAGGAUGCUUGGCUUCCGCCCAUCUUGGCGACUUCGAAAGCUUUCGAGUUCCCUUAUAACCCGUUCUAUCUGUUGAGGAGAAAGCAAGUGCUGUAUCGGAUGCUUCCCCAUCUGCAGUUAUGUCGUCCGGAAUAGCAAAGUUCGAAUACAGUCACCGUAUCGGCAAGGAGACCAUUCGUCUUGUGCGCAUAUUAGGCUGCGGAGCAACUGACGAUGGACCGUUGCAGCUUUCACUAGAGGAACAUGCCGUUGCUGACCUGCCAGCUUACCGAGGGCUCUCGUACACAUGGGGAUCGCCUCUCGCAGAAAAGGAGCCCUCUCAGCAAAUCGAACAGCAGCCCGCGACAGUCUCAGUGAUGCUCAACGGCCGCAGCUUUGAAUUGUUUCCGAAUCUACACGAUUCACUGUGCUGGAUCAGAGCGCACAACUCUUGCGACCUGUACUGGGUCGACGCCAUCAGCAUCAACCAGGCAGACGAUAUCGAGCGCAGCAUGCAAGUCGGCAUCAUGGAUCGUAUCUACAAAAAAGCUACCCGCGUCGACAUAUGGCUAGGCUCCGUCACUGAAGAGCACCACCCAACUGAGGUAUCCCGUUUGGUUCAUACAAUGGCCGAAAAUACCCAGCGGAACUUCAGCUUCGACCAAGAGAACUCCUUCUUUGACGACGAUGCUUUGAGCAGAUAUGGCUUACUACAUGUUCCGGAUGAUGUGUGGUACGCAUUCGUCGCCUUCUUCGAACGCAAGUGGUUCAAUCGUGUUUGGGUCGUUCAGGAGGUGGCCUUGUCAAAAGACGCAUGUAUUCUUUGGGGCAACGAUGUUAUUCCGUGGGAGACUGUGGCGUAUUGCUCCGACUUUUUGUACGAAAGCCGUCUCUACGAGCAAUUGUCAGAGGUCUUGUACGAUAACAACCCUACUAUCAAGGACGUCAAGAUCGGUAGCAACUCGUCGGGCAUCGUUGCAAUUCAGAGAUGUAGACACGACAUCCUCGAUUUGUGGGACAGCACCACGCUAGAUCACAUCGUCGGCCCGCUCGCCUGCACAGGGGGAAGCAGCAGAACCAAGACAGCCGGUGCGCUGUUAUUCCUGAUGCUACGGCUGACGGUCGGAGUGGAGGCCACUGACCCAAGAGACCAGGUUUUUGGCUUGCUGGGCAUCCUCAAUCUUCUCUUGGACCUUAGUGGCCGCACAAGGACGGAGUUGGAGGCCAACUACCGCAGACACUGCACGCCUACCAGCAUAUACACCGAUACGGCAGUCUUCAUCAUGGAAGAGUGCAACAAUCUGACUCUCCUGACGGCGGUCGCCGAUGGCUCGGUCAAUAAAAUUGAAGGUCUGCCGUCCUGGGUGCCCGAUUUCUCCGCAAACGGGCCGUCUGCCCUUCUGGCGAUGAGAUGGCCCGCCGAGAUUCCCUACUUUGACGCCUGUCGUUCCAUGCCAACGAACUACCGCGUCGUUGAUGACAGGCUUCUCCACGUCAAGGGCUUGUGCGUCGGCACUAUCUCUUUAGUCGGAGAGGUAUACUCGGAACUAGCCACGAACGGAAGCUUCACGCAGUGGGCCGACUUCCUCUUGCAAUGUGAUCCCGUCUAUCAGCCGACAGGGCAGUGCCGAGUAGAAGCAUUCUGGAGGACAUUGAUCGGCGAUAGAGACGCGUUGAGGCACCCCGCCCCCGAUAGCCUCCAAAAGGCGUUCCAUUCCUGGAUCGCAGACCACGUUGUGUGGGAAGUGUACUGCGCGAUGAAGAAAGGCGCCGAUAUUGAAGAACACAUCAGCCGUCUAGAUAGCAUCAAGAGACUCGCCGCGUCGGAUGUCAGCAAGACGGUGCCCUCGUGUGAUGUGAUUAUGGGGUAUCUAAAGCAGCUCAAGGAAUGCGAGAAGCAGGAGCAAGUUGAGGGCCUGUUUGAUCGCUUCAAGCACACUUGCCAGGUGUAUGUGAAUCUCGCGUUUGAAACGCUCUGGGAGAGGCGGCCAUUCCUGACGGACAGUAGCCACAUGGGGCUUGGAGGCCAAUCUGCGCAAGAAGGGGAUGGGAUUUGGGUGGUGGCUGGCUGUCCGUCACCGCUUGCGCUUCGAGAACUGCCGGUUUCUUCUAUUUCUGGGCCAUUUAGCUAUCGGUUGAUUGGGGAGGCUUACGUGCACGGCAUCAUGCACGGGGAGGCUGUUGGUGAGGAUGUGUCUUGGGAAGAUGUCUGCAUCCAGUGACGGCAUCUUUGGUUGAUACUUUUUUUACAUUUUUAUUUUUUAUAACAUAAUUUGCAUCUUGUUAGGAUGAAUUGCAG